AUGUCUGGACGACAAAGCUUUGAUUCCCAAACCCCUCGCCACCGUCACUCACUCAGUUUUGCAUCUACCGACCACAUUGAAAUGAACAAGCCUGACUUCAAACAACUCGAUCUGUUGGCUUCACCUGUUUCACCAUUGCUCCCUACCCACAAUGGAAGUACUGCAGCCCUCACUACAACAUCUGGUAAUAGCUCUACCUCAUCCGCCGGUUCCGUUUCCAGCAAAAGCAGUACCCAUUUCUCAGGGGAGUUUUCGGACAAAACUUCAUCUAUACCCGGAUCUGUCUCAACAAACCGGAAUCUUAGGCCGGGUCAUAGGAGAUCCGUCUCUGCUGGGCCUCCUUUAAUCUACUCUGGUUCAAGCUUCAGUGGAGCAACCUCUUCUUCUUCUUCUUCUUCAUCCUCUCCUGUUUGUUCUAUCCCAACCACGACAAAUAUUUUACCCAGUGGUAACAUUUGCCCGUCUGGGAAAAUCCUAAAAACCAUGGGCUUACGUACCUCUAACAAGACCGACACGCUUGGUGCUGGCAAAGGAAACUAUGGACAUGGCAGCAUAAUUCGUGGUGGUGGCGGUGCUAAAUUGGGGACUACUGCUGAUCCUGAAGAAAUGAAGAAAGCUGGUAAUGAGAUGUAUAAAAGAGGGAAUUUUUUGGAAGCGUUGGCAUUGUAUGAUAAAGCAAUAUCUAUUUCACCGGAAAAUGCUGCUUACCGAAGUAACAGGUCAGCAGCGUUGGCGGCGGUGGGAAGGUUGGGAGAAGCCGUCAAGGAGUGUGAGGAGGCUGUUAGAUUGGACCCUGGUUAUAGCAGAGCUCAUCAGAGGUUGUCUUCCCUUUAUCUUAGGUUAGGUUUGCCUGAUAAUGUUAGACGCCACCUAUGUUUUCCAGGGCAACAAUCAGAUCCAGCUGAGUUACUUAAGUUGCAGUUGUUGGAAAAUCAUAUUAAUCGAUGCGCAGAUGCUCGAAAGAUUGGUGAUUGGAAGACUGUAAUAAGGGAAAUUGAUGCAGCAAUAGCUGUUGGUGCAGACUCGUCUCCCCAGCUCAUUGCUUGUAAAGCAGAAGCCUUUUUGAAGCUCCACCAAAUUGAUGACUCGGAUUCCUGCUUAUCGAACAUUUCGAACUUGGAGAAAUAUACUCCCUCUUCACAGAUUAGGUACUUUGGUAUGGUGGCUGAAGCUUAUGCCCUUUUUGUUCAAGCCCAAGUUGAGAUGGCAUUGGGAAGAUUUGAGAAUGCAGUUUCUGCAGCAGAGAAGGCCAGACGGAUUGAUUACAACAAUGUUGAAAUUGCAGUGGUAUUAAAUAAUGUGAAAAUGGUAGCAAGAGCACGGUCACAAGGCAAUGACUUUUUCAAUGCCGGAAGAUAUGCUGAAGCCUGCUCUGCUUAUGGGGAAGGGCUCAAAUAUGAUAGCUCUAGCUCUGUUCUAUACUGCAAUAGAGCAGUUUGUUGGUCUAAACUUGGACUCUGGGAAAAAUCUGUAGAGGACUGCAACCAGGCUCUUAGGAUCCAACCAAAUUACCUAAAAGCCUUACUUCGAAGGGCUGCCUCGAACGCAAAGCUUGGACGGUGGACAGAUGCUGUGAGAGAUUACGAGCUCUUGAGAAAGGAACUUCCUGGAGACAAUGAAGUAGCUGAGUCUCUACAUAAUGCACAGGUUGCACUGAAGAAAUCCCGUGGAAUGGGCGUUCUUAACAUGAAAAUCAGCGGUGAAGUAGAAGAAAUUUCUAGCCUAGAGAGAUUCAAAACUGCAAUAUCGACACCAGGGGUAUCAGUGGUCCACUUUAAAGUGGCAACCAAUGAACAAUGUGAAGAAAUAUCCCCAUUCGUAAAUUUGCUUUGUGUUCGGUAUCCAUCUAUACAUUUUUACAAGGUGGAUGUAGAGGAAAGCAUAGCAGUGGGAAAAGCAGAGAGUAUAAGAAUGGUCCCUACUUUUAAGAUUUAUAAGAAUGGAAACAAAGUGAAGGAGAUGAUCAGCCCUACCCAUCAGUUCCUGGAGGACUCAUUGAGGAACUAUAUUCUAUAGAGAAAAAAGUAAGAGUAAAAUGAAAUUGCCUUUUCUUUGUGGCUCAAGUCACCCCCACAAACAGCAUUGGAUGAUAAUUGUCCAAAGUAUUCAUUUCCAUUUCAUUUCAAUUUUUUUUUUGGGUUGAAGAUCAUUGUCAUUUCUCGAUUCAUACUAGGACCAGCAGUUUUACAUGUGACAUAAUCGACUACAUAAUUGUUUCAUAGAACUCCAGAGAGGCCAAGAUAAAGCCUCAGACUCAGUGAAAAUAGCUUCUUAGUUUUACAUUUAUGGAAUUGCUUAAUGCUUUUCUA